AGUUUAUAGAUAGGUAUUUUUAGCUCAUAUGGUUUAUUAGAACAUUUAAAAAUCGUAUCCAAAAACGAUUCACAAUUUCCCAGAUUGCUUUCCAUUAUUUCAAUUAGCAGAUACUAUGAGCUGAAUUAUAAUGCAUGUUCUGUAGUUCAAAGCAUAUAAUACAUUUUUUUAAAUAGACCAACAAUUUGAUUUUCUUUUAAAUAGUGCCUAACUUGAAAGUAACCAUUAGAAGUGCUGUAGAAACAGAUGAGAUAUGGUUAGAAAUAUUCGGAGUCUUCUUAAAGCAGCUUCUGUUGGAGUAAGGGAAAGUGGUUCUUGUAUUGUGGUUCAGAAGAUAGCUGAUAAAAGUUAUUGCUCACAGAAUGUUUUUGAUUAUCGCUUGUUAUUUGUUAAACGGCAUCAGAAACUGAAAGCUUGGCCUGGGGCUUUAACGUUUCCUGGUGGUGUAAUUGACAAGGAGGAGUCGGAAAGGGUUGCCAAUUUCCGUCAAAUUACAAAUAUUGAUAAGCUCUCUGCAUCACCGCCCUCUGAGAUUGAAAAUGUUUACAGGAAAACAGCAUUGAGAGAGCUAAAAGAGGAAACUGAAUUCCCACUUGAUAUUGAUAUUGCCACUCUUAUUCCUUGGAGUGUUUGGCAAACACCUUUACAGCUCCCGAGAAGAUUUAACACAACAUUUUUCUUGAUUUUUGUGGGGUUACAGGAAUUCAAUCUAAAGCCCUGCGAAGGAGAGAUUGAGUCGUUACACUGGCUUUCACCAGCUGAACUUUUAAAUGACAGCUCUGUAAAUCUGGCUCCAGUUACUGUUGCUGAUGUUGCUAAAUUCUCCCCUCAUCUCACAUAUGAUCAGCUAGUUGAUUUUUCAAAGAGACGUUAUCAUGAUUAUCAGACACAACAAUGUAUGCCGAUCGUUAUUAAGCUGAAAGAUGGAACUAUUGGCAUCAAUCCCGCAGAUUCAUUUUAUUUUGAAGCGUUAGAGUUGCAGUUAAAAGACACGACUCAAAUGGUCAGAAUUGACAGUACAAUAGAGGAACACAGUGCGAACCAAACUGUUUUGUGCAGAGAAGUUCUUGCUAGCCAGGAUGGUAAAAGGAACCUCAUUACCAAUACUUUGUGGGAUGGACACACGGUAUCAAACUCACAAUACCAUUGUAAGAUUAUGUUCAAGUAGAUGCUUUGACAAUUAUAGAUCAUAGCUCUGUCAACAAUCCCUAUUUUUAUUGGGUUUUUAUCAGAUUUUGUAUGAAAUAUAUACAAUCCGUCGACAAUCCAUAUUUUUAUUAGGUAAAAAGAUUUUAUCACGUACAGUAUACAUUUGUAUUGUUAGUGGUAGGCAAACCUAUCGUUUUCACCCUUCACAGUGUGCAAAUCAAUUAAGCACCCGUGAUCUCAUGAUCUGCGGCUCAGAUCAAACCUUUUGUACAGACAUAUUUUUGCUUGCUGUGUUAGGUUGUAAAGUGUUCUGAUGGAGGGGUAAUUUAUUGCAACUAAUUGUUUAAUAGGUAUUCUGAAGUAUUUUAUUAACAGCGCAGUUUAUUUUAUCUUCUAAAUUUCUUGAAAGGUAUUUCAAUAUCAAACAAAUUGUACUGUCAGAUUUCUUCUUUUUGUGUUAGUUAGGUAUAUCAUAUAAUCAUAUUGUAAAUUAUUGCAACUAAUUGUGACCCAGGUAUUCCAAAGUAUGUAAUUAACAUUGCGGUUUAUUUUUAUCUUCUAAAUUUCCUCCAUUGUGCUAUGCAAGUUAUCUGGAGCCUUCAUAGUUAAACUAGUUCGGUUAAUUGGUAGCAAUAUGCGAGUUUCUGCAGAAUUAGGCCGUCUCUGGCUGUACCAUGACAUUAGUGGUUUAACAACAUGAACUGCCUGCAAGCUACAUAAGUGCUCAGUUUAAGUGUUGACGUUUAACAAUUGUUCACUGUUCACUGUUCAGGCCAUGUCUGAUCGCUUGGAGAGUUCGUCACAUCACAACAGAGAUUAUAAACAUCGGAGAAAUUUUACCGCCAAGGAGACAGACCACAUAAAAGUUCAGUCCUCCUCCAACGGGAGCUCUAGCGGUAGCAGAUUCAGUCCGUACGUUCGGCCAAACAGCACAAGCAGCUCGCACAAACCAAAACACGACGACGAACGCAAGCAGGAAAACGUAUAUCAUGUCCCGACACAGAAAUACCCAAAGUUUGAGGCUAAAAGCUCUCCCUCAAAAGUAGAGAUUAAGCCUGCUAAAGUAGAGAUUAAGCCCGCUAAAGUAGAGAUUAAGCCUGCAAAAAAGAAAAUGACGGUGGCUGCUGUUUUCAAUUGUGACAGUUCGGACGAAGAGGAAGAAAUUCCACUACAUGCUAAGAUGAGGAUGAGGAACGUUGGCAAGGACACGCCGACCUCAUCGGGGCCAAACAGUUUCGGAAAGACCAAACGAGGUUUCACAGACACUGUUAAAAUGUGGGAAAAAGACCCGGUAAAAGUGGCACAAUUCAUCGUUGAGAAGCAGAAAGAGGGCGAAACUCCCGCUGGAAGAGGUGAAGCCGCUGCUGGCAAAGAUGAAUAAUAGUUUGUGGUUGCUGUGCGAGCAAACUUUUAUUUUCCCUCGUUGAUCAUGAACUCUCGUUGAUGACCCAUCUCAAAUUUACAAUUAUCGUUUUAAAAUUUGAAUACGGUUUUAUUCAAUUUUGACAAACAUUGCUUGACAUACAUAUAUAGGUAUUGAAUGUUUUUAGUUUUAUGUCAUUUCGUCUUCCUUUGACUGAAGCUUAUUCAUUUUACUCCGGAUUGACUUACGGCUUUUAUUCAUUGUUUUUAAUGCUCACUUGUGACUUGACUGACUACCCCUUUUGAUUCAAUUCUGAUUUCAAAUUUUCUAAGACUUAUUAAAAAAGAAGACAUUUGUUAUUUUACAAUGACACGUAAAAACUUUAUUUUAUUACAUUUAAACAGUGUUGAAUGUAUUCAGUAUCAAAAAUAUGCGGCAUGUCUUUGUUAAUGUGAGUGCAAACAUAUAAUUAUACUCGAUGUGUAUAGUAUUUUAUACUCGAUGUUUUAUGCAAUAUUUUGACGAUUCA